AACCCUAAAUAAAAGGCUUCCCCUAAACCCUAACUCAUCCGACACAGCAGCAGCCAACAAUGGGUGGAAAGGCCAAGGGAAAGCAUCGUUUGGACAAAUUUUAUCACUUAGCCAAAGAACAUGGCUACCGUUCUCGUGCUGUUUGGAAACUCAUCCAGCUCGAUUCCAAAUACACUUUUCUUCGUUCUUCUAAUGCCGUUCUUGAUCUCUGCGCCGCCCCCGGUGGGUGGAUGCAAGCCGCCGUUGAACGUGUGCCUGUUGGAAGCCUUGUAAUUGGUGUCGAUCUUGACCCCAUUCGCCCCAUCCGCGGCGCCAUAGCCAUCCAAGAAGAUAUUACUACACCUAAGUGUAGGGCAACUGUUAAGAGAUUAAUGUCUGAGAAUGGAGUUAGGGCUUUUGAUUUGGUGUUGCACGAUGGUUCUCCUAAUGUUGGUGGUGCGUGGGCUCAGGAGGCUACUAGUCAGAAUUCUUUGGUUAUUGAUUCAAUUAAGCUUGCAUCGGAAUUGUUGGCUCCGAAAGGCGCUUUUAUUACCAAGGUUUUCAGGUCACGAGACUACAAUGCGGUUCUUUACUGUCUUAGACAGUUAUUUGAAAAGGUUGAGGUGGACAAACCAGCUGCUAGUCGUUCAACUUCUGCUGAAAUUUAUAUUGUAUGUCUAAAAUACAAGGCACCUGCUAAGAUAGAUCCUCGUCUUUUUGAUGUUAGGCAUCUAUUUCAGGGAGGGAAAGAAGCCCCAAAGGUUAUUGAUGUACUUAGAGGAACAAAGCAGAAAAGACAUCGUGAUGGAUAUGAAGAUGGUGAUACGACUUUGAGGAAAACAUGCACAGCUACAGACUUUAUUUGGUCAAGUGCUCCGCUUGAUAUUCUUGGUUCUGUUACAUCUAUAAACUUUUCAGCUGACACUUGUUUGCCUAUAAAGGAUCAUGCAUUGACUACAGAGGAGGUCAAAGCACUAUGUGAUGACUUGCGUGUUUUAGGGAAGCAAGACUUCAAGCAUCUGUUGAAGUGGCGUAUUCAUAUCAGAAAGGCCUUGUCUCCUUCGGAAAAGGAAACUCCUAAACCUACAGAUGCUGAACCAGAGAGCAAGGUUGAUGAGGAUGAGGAUGAUGAUGUACUGAAUGAAAUGGAAGAACUGACAAAUGCUAUGCUACGGAAGAAAAAACAGGCAAAAAAGAUUGUUGCAAAACGAAGAGCCAAGGAUAAAGCAAGGAAAGCAACUGGGAUGCAGAGUGAUGUAAUGGAGGAUGGAUACACUGAUUAUGAGUUAUUUUCUUUAUCAUCUAUCAAGGGGAAGAAAGAUUUGGUAGCUGUUGAUAACACGGAAGAUGAUAAUCCAAAUAACGAAGUAGUGGAUAGUGACGAUGAGGGAGGCCGAGUGGGUUCCCAAGAUGAGUCAGCGAGUGAUAUGGACUCUGAGGAAGAGCGUCGAAGAUAUGAUGAUCAGAUGGAACAGUUGCUUGAAGAAGCUUACGAGAAAUACGUAUCCAAGAGAGAGGGAAGCACAAAGCAGAGAAAGCGGAUGAAACAAAAGCACUCCGAGGAUGGUGAACUUCUUGAGGGCGAUGAGGAUGGUGACGAAGCUGUUCAUCCGGAUGAAGAUUCCGACAAUGAUCAUGCUGAUCAAGAAACUAAUCCUCUAAUGAUACCACUUGAUGACGACGAGCCUACUGAGGAGGAAAUUGCUGCAAAAUGGUUCAGCCAAGAUGUCUUUGAUGAUGGCGAUGAACAACAAAAUUCGAAAAUGGACGAGAGUGACGAUGAUGAAGAUGAAAUGCAAGUGGAUAAAAAACCCGAUAAUCAAAUCAUGGUUCCAAAGAAACCAACAUCAAAAAACCCACCGAAGAAACCUCAACCCGUUCCAGCUGCUGCCACUGAAGAUUUCGAGAUCGUCCCUGCCAUAGCUACAGAUUCGAGCGAUGACUCAUCGUCAGACGACUCGGAUGACGAUGAUGUGGAGACGAAAGCCGAAAUCUUGGCUGUUGCCAAGAAAAUGCUGAGAAAAAAACAAAGGGAACAGAUGCUGGAUGAUGCUUACAACAAAUACAUGUUCCACGAUGAUGAAGGAUUGCCCAAAUGGUUUAUAGAUGAAGAGAAGAAACAUAUGCAGCCGAUGAAGCCCAUAACUAAAGAAGAGGUUAACGCAAUGAAAGCUCAAUUCAAAGAGAUAAAUGCCCGGCCCGCUAAGAAGGUGGCCCAAGCGAAGGCCCGAAAGAAGCGGGUUGCAAUGAGGAAGAUGGAGAAGGUUCGAAAGAAGGCAAACAGCAUUGCGGAUCAAGCGGAUAUCAAUGAUCGAUCAAAGAUGAAGAUGAUAGAUACGUUGUAUAAGAAGGCGGUCCCGCAGCGGCCGAAGAAAGAGUUGGUGGUGGCAAAGAAAGGGGUGCAAGUGAGGACUGGAAAAGGGAAAGUGUUGGUUGAUAGGAGGAUGAAGAAGGAUGCUAGGAAACAUGGGAUGAGCAAGGACAAGAAAGAGAAAGGGAAAAAGAAGGGGGGCAAAGGGCAGAAAGGUAAAGGGUCCGCCCCGCCCAAGGGUAAAACGGGAAGAAAGUGAAGUUGUAUCAAUAUAAAGUAGAGAUGCACGAAAAGGCCCGGUUUUUGUGCAUCUCUAAUAUGAGUAUGGUUUUGGUUCUUGAACCCUGGAGAGAUGAGUUUUGAAUUGAAAUUUUGGAAUGCUGUUUUAAGUGUAAGAUAAUUUUGAUCGAUCGAUAUAACAUACGGUUUCCGUUAAUUUAUUUUGAACAAUCAAUGCAAGUUAUGGUAGAACGUAUUUUGGAAUAUAUCCAGUUUGUUUGGU